AUGUCUGAUCAGACCAACCUCUGGCUGUAUCGGGAGCCCAAUCCCGCCCAUAUGCAUCUGUCUGCAUCUCAUUCAGGUUCAGAUGAGAAGCAGCUACCGCAGGAGCCGGAUUAUGACAAGUACGCCGCAGUGAUGGAGCUGUGGUCCAAGAUCCAUCCAAAGGCUCACCUGUCCUGGAGAGAAGGCCUGGAGACGGCUCGGCAACUGCAGGCGGGAGAGCGCUCUGUUUCGGCGUUGCGCAGACUUGUGAUCAAGGCCAUGAGAGAAGAGGUCACAGACGUGGAAUUCGUGCGCUACAAGUUUCGGACCGCUUCCGACCGAAAUCCCAUCAUGCAAGACGACGUGUCAAGGCUCAUCCCUUUGGCUCUGGGCUGCCUGAUGGGCAUGGGGUCUCCAGACGACGCAGAUGAACAGGCCCUCAGAUGCCCUGGCCUAUGGGAUGGACAUUUUGUUCCCGGAACUGUCUUCAGGCCGGAUCUUAGGUUGGCCGUGGAGUACGCAGAGAAAUCAUGCAACUAUUGA